AUGCCGGCUGGCCUGAUCCGUCACGCAGCCUUCUUUUCGGCACCCAAACGACUGCUUGCGAGUUGCUGGAACUCCACAGCUAUCCCCUAUCCUCGAGUCACACCCUUCAAUGCACCACCCAGGUACUCCUCGAUAGCUGACGCGAUGUUGGGUCGCGCCGCAAAUAAGUAUGAGCAAGAUCCUCUUGCUCAAAAGCCCCCUCUCGCAAAGAAACUCUUCUCUUCAAGCAGUCCUGCCCCAAAUGGCAACAUCGAAGAGCAAUUCGGCAAGGCCCGCAAAUCUUCUCAGUCCAUCGGCGCUUUCACUGGAUAUACAAACACGACAGCUCCGCUGCACCCGAAAUCAGCCAAUAUCCGACAGAGCGUGAACCAGAGGGCUAGUAGUGUGGCAUCGACAGUUCCUUCAACAUCUCGCCUUUCCGUCUUCAGCAGAGAAGAUUCGUUUCAAGCCCCCACCAAUACGCCGAGCACUCCCAUCGACCUCACACAGGAAGACUCCUCAGGAUCGAAACACUCUAUCCAAUCGAGCCACCCGGCAGUCCACUUCGACGAGAAUGACUUCGAUGAUGACGAUGAUCUUGAUUUGGAUAUGGAAUUCGAAAUACCUACGGCAUUGACUAUGCCAGCACCACCAAAACCACAAAGAACUGCUGCCCAAUCCCCAUAUUCCCUUCCUCCGGCCCAACGCCAACGAAAUCAGACACAAAACCCCUCCAGCAGUGCUAUGACUUGGUCCUCUUCACCACCAUCUCACAGAGUAACACCCCAAAGGGCGAAACGGCUACUUGAAGAGUCUACAGCUCAAGAAUCGAUACAGUCUUCUGUCGAUAAAGAUCCCAACUCCCGCUCCUCGAAGCGACGGACUUUGCCAUGGCUACAGACGCAAGCAGAAAAUUAUGAUAUUGCCACAAAAAGAGAGGAAGAGACAGAAAGUGCGACUUUAUCUUCACCGCCCCUUCGAAUCUGUGCACAUUGCAAAAAGGCUGGUCAUGCUUCAAGCCAGUGUCCUAAAUCCGGGAAGUGGGAUUACACACCUAAGGAAAAGAACACACCUUGGAAUAUCACUGGAAGUGCAAUUCGGGAAGAGAAAAAGAAAUUCAAGGACAAGCAAAAGGCGUUCAAAACACUCGAUAAAUCGCAGGCCGCGGCGACAGAUCGUCGUAGGAAAUCUAAUGCCGCCGUUUCCGGCCCUAUCAUCUUGAGUGAAGAGCAGGAAAGGGUCAAGAAAUUAGUCAUUUCCGAGGCGAAGAGUGUCUUCUUUACUGGUUCAGCUGGAACUGGAAAGUCUGUUCUUAUGAGAGCAAUUAUUGCUGAUUUACGCAAAAAGUACAUGAAAGAACCAGAUCGCGUCGCUGUGACGGCUUCAACGGGCCUUGCAGCGUGCAAUAUCGGAGGUGUGACUCUUCAUAGUUUUGGUGGCAUUGGACUUGGCAAGGAAGACGUGCCAGCACUUGUCAAGAAAAUCAGGAGAAAUCCGAAAGCUAAGAAUCGGUGGAUCAGAACUAAGAUUUUGAUUAUUGAUGAGAUUUCCAUGGUUGAUGGAGAUCUUUUUGAUAAGCUAGAAGGAAUUGCGAGAGCUAUGCGAAACAAUGGUCGACCAUUUGGAGGUAUUCAGCUUGUGAUCACUGGCGACUUCUUCCAAUUGCCACCUGUUCCAGAGUACGACAAUAAAGCGAGAGGUAUUAAAUUUGCUUUCGAUGCUGGGACUUGGCCUACUGCAAUUCAUCAUACCAUUGGCUUGACAGAAGUGUUCAGACAGAAAGAUCCAGUAUUCGCCAACAUGCUGAACGAAAUGCGCCUAGGCAAGAUUUCGGAUGAGACUGUACAGGCAUUCAAAAGGUUAAACAGAGCUCCCACUUUCGAGGAUAGUAUAGCUGGCACUGAACUCUUCCCAACGAGAAACGAAGUUGACAACGCCAACGCAUUUCGAAUGCGUGACCUAAUAGGCACAUCUUAUAGAUUCGACGCAUCAGACACCGGUACCGUAACAGAUGAAAAUUUCCGGGAGAAAUUGCUCGCCAAUAUGAUGGCCCCAAAAUCACUUGAACUAAAGAAGGGGGCACAAGUUAUGUUGAUCAAAAACCUGGACGAGGUUUGUGUUAAUGGUUCUCUUGGGAAGGUUAUAGCCUUCAUGAAUGAGAACACGUUUGACACAUACAUCGAACGCGGCGAGGACGCCAUUGCACCAGGUUCCUUUGAUGAGAAUGCCGGCGUGCAAUCAGACGCUUCAUGCGUGUCGGCGAGUUACUCGAACAAACAGGAAGGACGGCCAAAUACUGGGCGAAUUUACCCUGUUGUGGAAUUCAUUCUUGCCGAUGGAACAGUACGCCGAAUGCUUAUGAUGCCAGAAGAAUGGAAAAUUGAACUUCCAUCUGGUGAGAUUCAAGCGCAGCGGCAACAACUUCCGCUCAUUCUAGCUUGGGCAUUGUCAAUCCACAAGGCGCAAGGUCAAACUCUCGAGCGAGUUAAGAUUGAUCUCAAGAAAAUCUUUGAAAAGGGUCAGGCAUACGUUGCACUAAGUCGAGCCACGAGCCAGGAAGGUCUUCAAGUUCUCAAUUUCGAUAAGUCGAAGGUCAUGGCACAUCCGCGUGUUGCUCAGUUCUACAACAGUCUCUAUAGUGUCAACAAGGCAUUGCGGCACCCCACGGUUGCGAAGGUAGAGCCGAAGAAGGAAAAGUCUUACACGGAGCAGUUCGCAAAGACACAAAAGCAGAAGGUAGUUCAUGAUUUCACCGAGGAAGAGGAAGCAGAAUUGGCUAUGUAUGGAUGA